GGGUGGGAUGAAUGGAUUCGGCGCAGGGUCAUUGAGGGGGGGGGGAAUAGCCAGAUUUUGAGCAUAGCCUUGAGCUAGUCCGGUCCGGAGAUUCCGGCUCCACUCGCUGUUACCUGCUCGGCGGGAUCCCACCCGAUCCGUUGGAGUGUGCGACCGCCGAUCCAACGGGACGAGUGAGGUGACCAGAUAGCGGGAGAACGGGGCCAAGUCAGCGUGUCAGCACAAAUGAGGAUUGCCAAGAGCAACGGCUUUGAAUGAACAAUUCCAGUACAUAUCACUGCACUUUGUACCUGCAGCCAUAAAAAAAAACAAGACCAAUAGGUCGAGCCAAUAUAAAUCAGAACAAACAAGAUAUUCUACACUUUCAGAACAAUUUUAAUGCACACACAGCUCGCAGCAAGAACCAUGAAUAGAUUGAUUGGGUUCGCAAAAGCGAAUGUGGCAAGCAGUUUAUUAAUUAGAUCCCUACAGCACCAGAACUUAAACGUAUUGGCUAAAACCUAUGCUGCAGAGACAUCAGCGUUCAACUACAUAAUAGUCGGAGCAGGUUCUGCAGGAUGCGUCCUGGCAAACCGCCUUUCUGAAGACAGCAAUGAUUCGGUGCUCCUUUUAGAAGCAGGGCCGAAAGAUACGCUAUUGAGUAGCAAGCGACUGAUGUGGAAGAUUCAUAUGCCAGCUGCCUUGAUAUACAAUCUUUGUGAUGACAAGUACAACUGGUAUUACCAUACUACAGCUCAAAAACACAUGAAUAACCGUGUAAUGUACUGGCCAAGAGGCCGUGUUUGGGGAGGAUCGUCUUCUUUGAAUGCAAUGGUAUAUAUCCGUGGACAUGCAGAAGAUUAUAAUCGCUGGGAGAAACAAGGUGCCACUGGUUGGGAUUAUGAACAUUGCCUUCCAUACUUUAGGAGAGCACAGUGCCAUGAACUGGGAGCUGACCAGUAUAGAGGGGGAAAUGGACCAUUACAUGUAUCACGGGGAAAGACAAAUCAUCCUCUUCAUUUUGCUUUUCUUGAGGCUGGGCAACAAGCUGGCUACCCAUUUACUGAUGACAUGAAUGGAUUUCAGCAGGAGGGAGUUGGUUGGAUGGAUAUGACAAUUUUCAAAGGACGGAGAUGGAGUGCGGCUAGUGCGUAUUUGCGCCCCAGUUUCACACGCAGCAACUUAACAGCAGAAGUGAAAACGUUUGUAACUAAAAUUUUAUUUGAUGGUACCAAGGCCAUUGGUGUUGAAUAUGUUCAAGGUGGAUUAACGAGAAAGGUAUAUGCCAAUAAGGAAGUGAUCCUAAGUGGAGGUUCAAUUAACUCACCCCAGCUUCUUCUGUUAUCUGGGGUGGGCAACGCAGAUGACCUUAAAGCUCUGGGAAUUCCUGUUGUGUGUCAUCGUCCAGGUGUGGGCCAGAAUCUUCAAGAUCAUUUGGAACUAUAUGUGCAGCAACAGUGUACUGAACCUAUAACACUGUAUAAAUCCCAAAAACCCUUCAAGAUGAUCCAGAUUGGUUUGGAAUGGUUUUGGAAAUUCACAGGUGAGGGAGCUACUGCUCACUUAGAAACUGGUGGGUUUAUCAGAAGUCGUCCUGGAGUAAGCCAUCCUGAUGUUCAGUUCCAUUUUCUGCCAUCACAGGUGAUUGACCAUGGAAGAAUCACACCUGAAGCAGAGGCUUAUCAGGUUCAUGUGGGCCCAAUGAGGCCCACAAGUGUGGGCUGGCUGAAGCUCAAGAAUGCAAAUCCUAAAGAACACCCAAUUAUUGAACCAAACUACUUGUCUACAGAAACUGACAUCUGGGAACUCCGCCAAUCAGUGAAGCUAAGCAGGGAGAUAUUUGCUCAAAAGGCCUUUGAUAAGUUCCGUGGUCCAGAACUUACUCCUGGCAGCCAUGCCCAGACUGACAAGGAAAUCGAUGCUUUUGUGAGAGAAAAGGCUGAUAGUGCCUACCAUCCAUCCUGCACCUGUAAAAUGGGACAGCCUUCAGAUCCCAUGGCAGUUGUCGACCCUGAGACGAGAGUUAUAGGGCUAGAGAAUUUACGGGUUGUAGAUUCUUCUAUAAUGCCCAGUAUUGUUAGUGGCAACCUAAAUUCACCGACAAUCAUGUUGGCUGAGAAGGCUGCUGACAUAAUCAGGGGACGUCCAGCACUACGUGAUAAGGAUGUUCCUGUUUAUAAACCCAAAUCCUAGGCAUUCAGCUGAAAAAAAAGUGGCAUACAUUAAAAUUAUUUUUUCGUACUUCAGCAUGUUCCUCCCUCAUCAAUAAAGGUAGGUUUUAUACAAUGUAAAAGAACAAAAUCUGAAUAGUUGUAAAUAAGCUAUUUGAUACAAAGUAGAAAAACUUCUGAAUCUAGUUUUGUAUCUUUUGUGCUUUUUUAUAAUUUGCUUUCAUUGAUUAAAUUUUACUCAUUUUUGAUUCUUUUGUGCCUGGCGUCAUGGUUAUGGUUGGACCCAGACCAAGGUAAUGGAGUUUAUGGUUCAAUUGUGCAUUAUUCCUGCCAUAUCUGUGUAUUGUCAUAAUGUCUUAAGAGUCAAAAGAGUGGCUGACUUGUAAUGGUUUAAUCAGUAUUUUAUAGUCGUAAAAUUAUAGAUUUAUAAAAUAUUCGAAUUUCUAAAAAGACUGAGCCAUGGUAUUGCAUGUGACUAUUUCUAUUUAAAUACUGUUUUGAAAUGGAAGGGGUUGAUUUAUAUACAGCUAAACUGUGUCUCUUUUUAACACAGUCACAAUCUUUUCCAAGUAAUAUUGAAUAGACAUACUGUGUAGCCAGUGUGCAAUCACUUGAACUCAAGAUGCAAAUGGACAACAUUAAAAACUUAACUUUUCUUUGUGGAUCAUUUUAACUGAUGGUAAUGUAGUUUGACAAAUAAAGUGAUUGGAAAGAUAAAAACGUAUC